AUGGCGGCCUUGGCGUGCCCCGCGCCCGGCGCCCGCCGCGCUCCGCUCGCCGUCCGCCCCCUGCGGCCCGCGCCGCGGCCGCCCGAGGGGCUCCUCGACGCCGCCUGGGCCAGCCUGCGCGCGGCGGUCGCCGCGGCCUUCGGCGAGGAGGAACCCGCGCCGGGCGCGCGAGAGGAGGCCUACCGCCUGGUGGAGACCCUCUGCCUCAACGGCCAGGCGGCCUCCCUGGCGCGCCGCCUGUCGGAGGAGUGCACGGCCCGCGCGCGGGCGCGGCUGCGCCUCCUCGCCCCCGCGGCCGCGGCGCCGCCCGGCUCCGGCGCGGAGCUGCUGGAGAGGCUGCAGGGCGCGUGGGCGGGGCACUGCCGCGCGAUGCUGGGCAUCUCGGAGGUGUUCCUGUACCUGAAUCAGACGCACUUGCGCGGCCACCCCGAGGGCGCGGCGCGCUGCCUCGAAGAGCGGGGGACACAGAUCUUCCGCCAGUGCCUGGCAGAGCUGCCAGAGGUGCAGGAGCGAGCGGUGCUGCUCGUGCUGGACCUCAUCGACUCGCAGCGCCGUGGGCAGGAGGACGCAGCUGGACCGAGCCCGGCCCCCUACGUAUCCAUGCUCCUGAGGCUCGGCAUCUACGAGGACUGCCUGGAGCCGGGCCUCGUAAGGCGCACCGCAGAGUUCUACCGGGUCGAGUCCGAGGAGUUGCUCGGCCGCACGCGCGCGCCAGCGUAUCUCUUGCAUUGCGAGCGGCGACUGAACGAGGAGCAGGCCCGCUGCGCCGAGGACCUGGAGGGCCGCUCCGCGGCUGCGGUGCUGGCCGCCGCGCGCGAGGAGCUGUGGGGAAGGCACUGCGGCCGCGUGCUCGAGGCAGACCUCGGCGGCCUCGUGGCGCAGGGCGGGCUCGAGAACCUCGGGCGCCUGCACCGCCUGUGCGGGCAGGUGGGGACCCUGCCCCUCCUCUGCAAGAGCUGGGGCGCCUCGAUCAGAUGCGCUGGGGCCGCCGUCUUGGCCGUCGGGGACGACCCAGAAGAGUCCAAGAACGCCAUUCCAGGUCUCGUGAGCCUGAGGGCCAAGCUCUUCGGCAUCGUUGAUGAGGCCUUCCAGGGCUGCAGCACCUUCCGGCUAGCGACGAAGGCCGCGCUGGAGGAGUUGCUUGGCCGCGCACCGCAGAAUCGGCCCGCGAAGCUUCUCGCGCGCUACUUGGACGAGGUGCUCCGCGGCGAGCGCGGACGCGAGGAGGUCGACGCGAUAAUCGCGGGCGCCAUCGGCAUCUUCAGCCACCUUGCUGCGAAAGACGCGUUCGAGGCAUUCUUCCGGAAGGACUUGGCGAGGCGGCUGCUUCAUCCGAGGGGUCUUCGGCGGGCGCCGAGCUUGCAGUGA